AUGACAGUUAUGGUCAUAAUUAUGACUCAACAUGAUAUACAAAAUCCAGUAUUCGCUACUGUUGACGUUGAUGUUGAAGACAUCAAUAUUGAUGCUGAUCAGUCGUCAUAUGAAGAAAUUGCUGGGGUGAUUUCUAAUAAAGAUGAUCCAAACAUGUUAUGUUUAACAUUUAGAACAUGGCUUAUUGGUCUUGUUUUUACAACAUUACAAUUAAUUACUAAAGAAUAUUUUCAAUACAAAAAUUACCCUUAUUCUUUAUCAGGAAUAAUUGUGAUAUUUGUAACUUAUCCAGUUGGCAAAAUAUUUGCAUAUAUUUUACCUAAGAAAUUAAUUCGAAUUUGUGCUACUAACAAAUGGCAAUUUUCAUUAAAUCCAGGGCCUUUUUCAAUUAAGGAACAUGUAUUGAUCGUUACGAUGGCCACCACCUCAUAUUCACCAUUUACACUCUAUACGAUUAAUAUGGAACGUAUCAUGCGUCGAUUUUUGGUGUGGCCUAGCUCACUAAUAUGGCCGGGUAAUCUGCCGUUCAUCGCUGUAUUUCGUACACUUUCUGAGCCAUCAGUGGCAAAUCCUCAAUGGAAAAUGACGCGUUUGAAAUUUUUUGUUAUUGUUUGUGUUUUUCAAUUUAUUUAUCAUUGGUUUCCUGGUUUUAUUAUGCCAAUUCUGGGGGCGUUUUCAUGGAUGUGUAUGAUUAAACCUAAUAAUCUGAUACUUUCUCAGUUGACUGGCAUAAAUGGCCUAGGUCUUGGGGCAUUACAAUUAAACUGGAAUCUUAUUCGAGUUUUCGGUUCACCUAUUAUUAUUCCAUGGUGGGCACAAGUUAAUUGUCUUGUUGGUUUUAUAAUUAUUACUUGGAUAUUUAUACCAAUUGCUUAUUAUUCAAAUUUAUGGUCAUCGAAAUUGUUUCCUAUUGUUUCAUCAGACACUUAUGCUUUUUAUACUGGUGAGGGAAAGCUAUAUAAUAUAAGUAAUCUGUUUGAUAAUGAAUUCAAAUUUAAUAAUACAGCGUAUGAGGAGUAUGGACCCGUUUAUAUGGGUAUAACAAAUAUCAUAUCUAUCGGUACCUAUUGUGUUUGCAUUAUAUCACUUUUACUACACACAGUUUUAUAUCAUGGCAAAGAUAUUAUUCAACAAUAUUAUACAUCUUUAAAGCAGAGAGAUAAUGAUAUUCAUUGUACUCUGAUGGCCAAGUAUCCCGAAGCCCCUGAAUGGUGGUAUUUUAUUUUAUUUGCCAUUAGUUUUAUAGCUGCUGCAAUUGUUUGUCACUUGGGUAAUUUUAUGCCCUGGUACUAUUUAUUUAUAGCUGUUGGUAUUAGUUUUAUAUUAUUAUUACCAACAGGUAUUAUUGAAGCUAAAACUAGCCUGGCUUUUCAAGUUAUCAUACUUUCGAUAUUAGUUGCUGGUGUACUAAUGCCAAAUCGUAAUAUUGAAGUUAUUACAUUUAUUUCGUACACUUAUCUAACACAUAGACAAGCAUUAAAUUUGAUCGCUGGUCUAAAAUUAUCGCAUCACAUGAAAAUUCCGCCACGAACGAUGUUUGCCACAAUUAUUGUUGGGACAAUUAUUCCUGCUACAAUCAGUUAUUCAAUUUCUUACUAUGUAUUAAAUUAUCAUUCAAAUAUUUGUGCAAAUGAUAGACAAUGGUUUUGCUAUACUACAACUCCAACAAAGCUAUUUGCAAGAGGUGCACUUUAUAAUAUGAUUUGGUUAAUAGUAAUUGGUGGAAUAUUUCCUUUACCAUUUUGGCUUUUUGGAAUCAAGUAUCCAAAUAUUAAAUGGUUAAAAUAUAUUCAUAUACCAAUUAUGUUUGGAGCAUUACGUUAUUUAUAUUAUCUACCAGCUGGACAUAUGCCAACAAGCUUAUUAAUUGGUUUUAUCUUUCACGUUCUUGUUCGUCAAUGGUGGAAAGAUCGUUAUUCUGUUCUAUUUUCAGCUGCAACAGAUGUUGGUGUAGACAUUUGUAUUGUAUUAAUGCUUUUUAUUUUUAAAAGCCAAAAUAUCCAAUUUCCACAGUGGUGGGGCAAUGGGGGUGAAUACAGAGACGGUUGUGCUUUGUCACAUGCAAAUUAUUUUGGAAUUUUUCCUUAG